AUGCUCUGCUCGUGCUCAUCGUCAGUUCUCUUUUCACAGUAGUUCAGUCAAUGUACUGUUCGAGUAACUGAAUAACUCGGGAUAUGGGUUUAAUUCGAGUCUGAGGGACUGUCAGGCACGUUUAUAAACCGAUUAAUAUGGAUAAUUCGUGGAUUGGUGCGUACUGGACACACGAACCGUUUCAAACGAUUCAGUUCGAUUUUGUGAACUGGCUCGACCGAUUCACUAAGAAGAUCCGGUUAAAUAUAACGAUUCGUUCGCGAACCGGACAUCACUACUCGCUUGCCAAUCGCUAUUAACAUAAAAGAAGUUACCGCUAGAGCCAUAACACAGCUCUGGAUCUUCUGAGAUCUGCUCCUCCAACUACACAGCAAUUUACCAACAGUUCAGUUCCUCCCACAACAAUUAAUGAAAGGGUUUAUGAAAGAAAGCUGAAAACAUGACUGAUCCAGAACCCUGCAAAAUAAAACUGGAAGGUACUGAAGAACAAAUAGGAAUUACAACUGCAGUCAGGGGUGACUUUUUCUUCUUUCAGAAGAAUCCAGUUGGAGUUGUAUUAAAAAUAGUCUUUGAUCUUUCAAGCUGUUUAAUGGCACUCAUACGUCAUCUGCCCGGAACUGCUUCCAUUUACAACAACUUGAUAGAAGAGAACAAAGAGAUUGAAGAACUGAUUAAAGAGGGGGAGAACCAUCAUGUCAAAACUGAAGAAGCAUCCUGGAGAUCCUCCUUGACAAUAAGAGACAAAACAUGGCCUGAGUGUGAAACAAAAGCAGUUAAAAGCAGUAAAAAAAUUUUUAGACCACAUUUCCUGAAGGACCACCUCAAAGUCCAUACUAAGGACAAGACUUGCGUAUGUUAUUUAUGUGGAAAGAGUUUUAGUCACACGGGUGCUUUAAAGAUACAUCAGAAAAGACACAGCGGUGUGAAGGAUCAUGCUUGCUCUGAAUGUGGGAAGACUUUUUUUACAUAUGCUGCUAUGAAAGUGCACCAGACAGUUCACACUACAGAAACACCUUACAAGUGUUCUUACUGUGAGAAGAGAUUCAAACGGCCAGACUAUCUGAGAAUACAUGAAAGGAUCCACACUGGAGAGAAACCAUACACAUGUGAACAAUGUGGGAAGAGCUUCAGACUAAAAGAAAUGCUUAAUCGACACAUUGAUAUUCACAAUGGAGAGAAGCCGCACACUUGUGAACAAUGUGGAAAGAAUUUCACACAAAAAAGUAACCUUAUCAAACACAUGAAAAGACACAGUGGAGAGAAACAACACACAUGUGAUCAGUGUGGGAAAACUUUUGUACGUAAAGGAACCCUUAAGGACCACAUGAGAAUCCACACUGGAGAGAAUCUUCACACAUGUGAUCAGUGUGGGAAAACAUUUGUGUUUAAAGGAAACCUUAAAGACCACAUGAAUAUCCACACAGGAGAGAGGCCAUACAGGUGUGAUCAGUGUGAGAAGAGUUUCAAACAAAAAGGUGCCCUUAAUGUACACAUGAGGAUCCACACUGGAGAGAAGCCACACACAUGUGAUCAGUGUGGGAAGAGUUUCAGACUUAAGAAAACUCUUAACGAACACAUGAUGAUCCACACGGGAGAGAAGCCAUAUGCAUGUGAUCAGUGUGGGAAGAGUUUCAGACUUAAGAAAGCUCUAAGUGAACAUGUCAUGAUCCACACCGGAGUGAAGCCGUAUGCAUGUGAUCAGUGUGGGAAGAGUUUCAGACUUAAGCAAACUCUUAACGAACACAUGAUGAUCCACACUGGAGAGAAGCCAUUCACAUGUGAUCGGUGUGGGAAGAGUUUCACACAAAAACAAGCCCUUGAUGUACACACGAGGAUCCACACUGGAGAGAAGCCAUACACAUGUGAUCAGUGUGGAAAAAGUUUCUCACAAAAAGGAGCACUUGAUUUACACAUGAGGAUCCACACUGGAGAGAAGCCGUACACAUGUAAUCAGUGUGGAAAGAGUUUCAGACUUAAGCAAACCCAUAAUGAACACAUGAGGAUUCACACUGGAGAGAAGCCAUACACAUGUAAUCAGUGUGGAAAGAGUUUCAGAAAAUGUGUUUUUAAAAAACAUCUGCUUACUCAUUCUAGAGAGAGACUAGAAAACUGUGACCAAAGCAAAAUAACAUUUCUAAAGGACCACUUGAAAGCUCAUACAAAGGAGAAGCCUUACAUAUGUUAUUUAUGUGGAAAGAGUUUUAGUCAGAUGAUUUCAUUAAAGAUACAUCAGAAAAGACACAUUGGUGUGAAGGAUCAUGUUUGCUCUAAGUGUGGGAAGACUUUUUUUACAUAUGGUGCAAUGAAAGUGCACCAGACAGUUCACACUACAGAAACACCUUACAAGUGUUCUUACUGUGAGAAGAGAUUCAAACGGCCAGACUAUCUGAGAAUACAUGAAAGGAUCCACACUGGAGAGAAACCAUACACAUGUGAACAAUGUGGGAAGAGCUUCAGACUAAAAGAAAUGCUUAAUCGACACAUUGAUAUUCACAAUGGAGAGAAGCCGCACACUUGUGAACAAUGUGGAAAGAAUUUCACACAAAAAAGUAACCUUAUCAAACACAUGAAAAGACACACUGGAGAGAAGCAACACACAUGUGAUCAGUGUGGGAAGGGUUUCUUAGACAAAGGAAACCUUAAAUACCACAUGAAUAUCCACACUGGAGAGAAGCCACACACAUGUGAUCAGUGUGGCAAAAGUUUUGCACAUAAAGGAAACCUUUUCAAACACAUGAAAAGACACUCUGGGGAGAAGCCACACACAUGUGAUCAAUGUGGGAAGAGUUUCGCAGAAAAGGGAACCCUCAAUGAACACAUGAGGAUCCACACUGGAGAGAAGCCAUACACAUGUAAUCAGUGUGGGAGGAGUUUCAUGCGAAGAACAACCCUUCACAGUCACAAGAAAACCCACAGUGGGGAGAAGCCGUACACGUGUGAUCAGUGUGGGAGGAGUUUCAGACAAAGAGGAACCCUUAUUGCACACAAGAUAACCCACAGUGGAGAGAAGUCCUAUACCUGUGUUCAGUGUGGGAUGAGUUUCGAACAAAAAGAUGGACUUCAUGAUCACAUGAAAAUCCACACUGGAGAGAAGCCCUACACAUGUGAUCAGUGUGGAAGGAGUUUCACACAAAGAGGAACACUAGAUGCACACAAGAAAACCCACAGUGGAGAGAAGCCAUACACAUGUGAUCAGUGUGGGAAGAAAUUCAAACGUAAAGAAAGCCUUCAUGAUCACAUGAAAAUCCACACUGGAGAGAAGCCGUACACAUGUGAUCAGUGUGGAAGGAGCUUCAUACGAAGAGUAACCCUUUACAAACACAAGAAAACCCACAGUGGGGAGAAACCGUACACGUGUGAUCAGUGUGGGAAGAAAUUCAAACGUAAAGAAAGCCUUCAUGAUCACAUGAAAAUCCACACUGGAGAGAAGCCAUACACAUGUGAUCAGUGUGGAAGGAGCUUCAUACGAAGAGUAACCCUUUACAAACACAAGAAAACCCACAGUGGGGAGAAGCCGUACACGUGUGAUCAGUGUGGGAAGAAAUUCAAACGUAAAGAAAGUCUUCAUGAUCACAUGAAAAUCCACACUGGAGAGAAGCCAUACACAUGUGAUCAGUGUGGGAGGAGCUUCAUACGAAGAGUAACUCUUUACAAACACAAAAAAACCCACACUGGAGUGGAACAGCACCAGACUGUUCACACUACAGAAACACCUUACAAGUGUUCACACUGUGACAAGAGAUUCAAACGGUCAACACAACUUCAAAUACAUGAGAAGAUCCACACUGGAGAAAAGCCUCAUCACUGCCAUUCAUGUGGAAAGAGAUUCACUCAAUUAUCUUCUUUAAUCUGUCAUAAAUUACAUGUGUGCAUGUCUGAAAUUACAGUAAUUGGAUAAAGUUCUGAUCCUGUACAUCCAGGUGCUAGAUUAAUCAGUACCUCCUCAGAAGUCAUCAAUACACCAACUGGCUCAGAAAUGAAACACAAAAAUAAAUGGGAAUUUCAACAACAUAUAGGAGGCUAAAGUAUUCAUCUACAAAUUCUUGUUAGUGGCAAUUUUGAGAACACUGAGGUUUGCAAGAGUUCAUUAUAAAGUUUUAGACAAAUUUUUUAAAACA